UAAAUAAUGAAAUGAUUUGAUGAAAAUUUAGGAGAUAACGUAGACGUCGUUUCUCUGCACUAUACGAAAAAUUGCAUAGUUUCGUAUUUUCCCUUUUACCGCACUGAAUUUAGCUCAAUAACAUAGCAAAAUUCGUGCCCCCACCAAUUAUACGAGGCGUUGCUCUCCGUAUAAACAUGAAAAUUAACCAGUGGCACAUGGAUGGAAAGCUCGGAGAUUGGUGAGUCGAGGGAGAUGUGGGAGACGGUUUGGCACACUUUCGCCAACCUCUCGCUCACUUACGAUCUCGUAUCGUCCCAAAACGUCACCAAGGAAAGCAGCGAAGGGUCAAAUUUUCUUUUCGAGAAUCCAGCCAAAUUGGGAGUUCUCACAGGAUUACUGAUAGCUUGCCUGGCCGAUUUUCGCAUCGCGACUUCCAAGUUUCAGCUGGACGUGAGCCCGGACUCGAAAUGGAAAAGCACACUGACGACGCUCCUUCACCUCGCAAUUUUUCUCCUACUCCUUCCCAUAAUAACUCCGAUACUCAGCAUUUUUUUCGUCUACCGAAAAGUCGUUGAAUCGCUUCUGCGAAGAUGCUUAAAAUCCGGAUUCGCUGGGCUCCUGGAGGGGACCGAUUGCGUCUGGGCACUGGAGGAAUCCACUGCCCUGUCGGUGAUCAACGUACUCGGUGUUUUCGAGAGAAACGACUCGACGACGGAGGAAGAUUUUUUAAGGGGGCUUCGAAAGACUUUGGCGGAGCGUUUGCGGUCGUCAAACUUCGAAAAACUCCACUGGCUGCGGGCUCAAAAGUACGGUUACUAUUAUUGGGAGAAGGGAGAAAAGGCGAGGAUCGAGGAGCUCGUGAGGUGGAUGGACGGGGCUGGAGAACACGAAGACUGCGACGGCUCGUGCACCAGGUUGGAUUCUCCGUACUUCGAAAAGCUUUUGGCAGAAUCGACGAACAAGCAGCUCCCUCGAGGGCACAAAGCUUGUUGGGAAAUUCUCGUGGGUAGAAAUUGUGCGAAAGGAUCGUUGAGGGAAGGCCUGGAAGAGGGUAAAAGUCUUCGCUCCGAAGGGACGAUUCCAGUCUUGUUCAGGAUCCACCAUUGCGUGGGGGACGGUGUCGCGCUCUUGAGACUUUUGCUCGAAUCCAUAGCUGAUGGGAGGGAUGGAAAGAUCGAUGGAAAAGGGCUCUCGGAGGAGGGCGAAAAGAAAAUGAGCAUUCCUCGUCUCCGCGAGAACUCCACGGUCUUGGGAAUCGUGACGAGGGAGCAGGAGAUUCUGUACAAUGGAAAGCAUUUGUUGGCAGCCUCGAUGCCGUUCACGACCAAAGUUCCGUUUCGUAAGAUCGCCGUAAGCCUGGCCAAGUACGUUAACGCUGGAUCGAAAAUUCUGAACGAUCGCAUCGUCGAAGACCCGCUCGUGGAGAUCAGAAAUAUUCUGCAGUAUUGCUGGGCUAUUUUUCAAAAUGAAUCCUUCGAGAGGGCCAAAAAAACCGUGGAGAACGCUUCCAGGAUUCUUUACACCAUUAUUUCCGGGCCUAAUUGCUUGCUCCAACAAGCUUUACGGAGUCUCGACAAAAGUGUGCUCCACGGAGCCGAUCUCAGGGGGGAAAAAUUGCUCUCCCUGUGGAUGGAAAAUCACGAGGAUCGUCCUCACGGUCCAAAUCUCAUGACGAAAAUUCGGGACAUCAAAGAGGCGACUGGCUGCAGGUUUGGUGACGUCGUUCUCGCUGCUUUGUCCCACAAUCUUCAUCGGUACUUUACCAAGAUGAACGAACCGCCUCCAAAAGCGCUGACGGUUGUGAUACCAGCGCGAAUGACAGUGCCCAGCAAAAGGCUGAGUCUCCAGAACGAUUUUUCGGUUGGACUCUUGACGCUGUGUUGUGACGAAAUAAACGGGGAAUCAGGGAGCCGGAACGAAACGAGGGAGGAAGCUCUGUUCGAGCGGCUCAUCGACGUAUCAAGGUCGUCGGAGAAAUUGAGGAAAGACUCGGAUUACGCGAUCAAUUUUUGGGUGAUGAGGUGGCUGGCGGCGUUGCUUCCGGAGCGUUUGCUCAGGCCGGUUCUCGAGAGCCACAGCACUUUGGUAUUCAGCAAUUUGCCCGGACCACAAGAAGUCUCGAUAGUCGGUCACAGAUUAAAAAACGUUGCUUUUUGGAUCCCCCAUCGAGGGAGAACCGGACUGGGAUGCUCUUUUUUAACGUACGGAGGAAAAGCUCACUUUUCAAUUUCCGCUGACACCGCGCUCGUACCAAGUCAGGCCCUCCUCGAUGAGAUCGUUCGAAACACGGUUACGGACAUCGAAAAACUCCACGAUUCCAUCUCGCUCUCCUGCUUGGCCAUUCGUAUUUGAACCACGCCGUCGAUAAGCACCCACUGAAACUGGACCUCGGAGUGCUCUCACCGUCCUCCAAUACGAAGACUUUCCAUCCAGCCACAAGUUCCGUCAUCUUCCAUCGCAAUUUCGAUAAAAUAAGAGCGUCAAAUAUUAUCGCACUAAGUAAAUACGAAACGUGACAAUACCUCGUUACUUUGUACCGUUAUUCGCAAGCAAUACAAAAUACACAAACUAUUUAUUUUUA